CUGAUAAUGGAGUGGCUGAUGAGGAAAGACUACGUGUGCGAGAUGUAUUGGUACUUCCUCCUCAUAAGAAAGUAGUAGUGGAAUGGAAUGAGGACAAUCAGCCUGUUGGGGAGGCUGCUGCCCUAUUGCUUGGUUUUUUGGGUCACCUUGCAUGCAACCCAAAUAUAUUUCCUAUUAGUUAUGACAGGUGGCCUCAUGUACCAGACAUAUACAAGGAAGAUGUUUGGCUAAACACUAUUCAGAGGAGAUUCGUUAUGGAUAAUGAUGACCAUUAUCAUUUCUGUGUGGGCAAUAUGGGUAAGAAAUGGAAAGACAACAGGUGGAGGCUAGCAAAUGAAAUGUAUGAAAAAGACAAAAGCUUUGAGGAAAAUCUAGAAUGUUUCCCUGAUGGGAUGACAAGGGAACAAUGGGGUAGUUUCUUGGCUUAUAAAACAAGUGAGAAAGCAAAGAAAUAUAGUAGAAUCAAUACUGCUAAUAGACAGAAACAAACUAUCCCACAUACACUAGGCUCAAAGACCAUUGCAAGGAGGAAAAGAGAGCUGGAAAUAGAACGUGGAACAAUAGUGACCAGGGGGGAAAUGUAUGCUGUUGCUCAUAAGAAAAAGUGUGGAAAUUUUGUGAAUGAGGAAGCUAGGCUGAAAAAUGAGCAAUUACUAGUACAGAUGCAACAAACCAAUUCUGAAGUAGAGGCUUUUAUUAAUGUAUUUGGGAAGGAACACCCAGGUCGGGUUAGAGGCAUGGGUUUUGGGGUGGUUCCAACCCAGAUACGUAGAACAUCAACUAGUUCAGCCUCAACUUCUUCUAGUAGUCCUACACAAGCUGAAUAUGAUGCCCUAAAAGAAGAGCUGGACACUAUAAAAGGCAAGAUGGAAGAGCUUGACACAUUGAAAGCACAAAUGGCACAUUUUCUGCAAAAUUUUGGAAGUCAAUUGCCAUCUAAUCAGGUUCCUGACAUGGGAUCUCCUGGAAUUAGAAAGUCCUCCAAUGCUAGUCAUAACCCUUCUCUUGGACCAGAAUCUUCAAAUCAUGGACCCACACCACUAGCAUCUUAA